AGAGAGAUGUAAACAUUGGAGUUCCAAAAUUCCGUCAAGUUAACGGAAGGAAAUAUCAUAACAUAGAAAACUCAAAGUAUCCGUUUCCAAGUGAUGACGAAGAAUUAGAUCGACAGCAUCUUCAACAUUUUUUACUUAGAUAUCUUUGGGAAGGUAACUUCUCUGCUCCGGUCGAACAUAUCUUAAACAACGAAUAUUCAAAGGUUCUUGACGUUGGAUGUGGUGCCGGUACCUGGGCGUUGGAAAUUGCGACAAAUUAUCAAAUUAUUGAAAUCAUAGGAAUGGACAUCUCACCU